CCGCCCGCCAUUAGGUGUUCGUUGUGGCUUGGGGUUGGGCGCGCGCAGUGAUUUGAAUUUGAAAAUUGUGGUAUUUUGCCAGUGGUGGAUUAAGUGGGUCAUGUUAAAGUGCACAUCGAGAGUGUAAACACGCGUGGAUAUGCGCCCCACCUCAGGGGGGGAGCGCACUGUUGGCGAAAUACCUGAUAGCCGAGACGAGGAGGUUGCCGGUAUCUUGGGCAGCCUGCAGGAGGCCGGCGCGCAGGCCGUGUCGCCCAGGUCGGCGAUGGAGCAGGAGAAGCGGUUCCGGCGCGAGAUCGCCAACAGCAAUGAGCGCCGCCGCAUGGAGAGCAUCAACUCGGGCUUCCAGACGCUGCGGGCGCUGCUGCCCCAGCGCGAGGGCGAGAAACUGAGCAAGGCGGCGAUCCUGCAGCAGACGUCCGACUUCAUCUACAGCCUGGAGCAGGAGAAGGCGCGCCUGCUGACGCAGAACUGCCAGCUGAAGCGGCUGCUGGGUCAGCAGCAGCAGCAGGGCGCCGACUCUGACGCGGCCGCCGACAGUCCGGCCUCGGCGCGCCGCAGUGUCUCGCAGGAGAGCGAGGGCGACGAGCUAGCGAGGCCCAGCUCGACCGGCGCCACUUCGCCGCCGCAGGAGUCGCUGCGCCGCCAGCUGCUUGAGCUGCGUGCCCAGCUGGAACAGGAGCAGCGCCAGCGCGGCGUGCUGGAGGAGCGGCUGCACCUGGCGGAGCAGCAGCAGCAGCAGCGGCCGUCGUCGCCGCCGCCGCUGCCUGCUACGACGCUGGCGCCUGGCUAUGCUGACCAACUGUCGCCGCCGCCGCGGCUCCCCCAUCAGGUGCACAGGCGCUUCAAGCGGUCACGCCUGGAGGAAGAGGAGGAGGCGGACGAGCUUCCGCGGCAGACGGUGCUGCCGGCGCUCCUGACGCCCGAGCAGAAGCUGGCGCCGCCUCCGCCGCCGCCCGUCGUCACCCACAGGCCGCUGUACGCCGGCUCGACGAUGUCCCGUCAGAACCUGGACACGAUCGUGGAGGCCAUCCGGCACCUGGAGGGCGAUCACCUGUUCCGCGACCUUCCCGAGCCGACGCCGCGCCUCGAGCCAUGUCUGGAGCAGGAGCCGCAGGAGGCGCCGCUGGAGCUGACGACGCACGCGCGCGCCGCCGUCGCUGCCGCCGACUCGUACCGACCGGGGGUGAUUGUGGUGCAGCACCAGCACCAGAUGCCGUCGUGAGCCGGCCGCCGGUCGUUGGUGCCCUCAGGGAGAGGCUCACGCUAGCGCUGGUCUUUUCUCGCAUUUAUCGGUCAGACGAGCUUUUCCGUUUUGGCCACAGCGCGGCACGGCUCGGUUCUGACGUGCUGAGGAGGGGGGCUUGUGUGCUGGGGGAGGGACGGGUGGAAUGGGUGGGAUGCAUCGAAUCAUGCGCGAGCGUGCGCCUCCACUCUUUUUUAGGCGGUUUUUAAUGCCGGUGUUCGCAUUGGUUUCCGGUGUUUUGUAUGCCAUGUUGAAAACAGACAUGUAUUUUUAACGACUGUUUUCGUUCGUUUGUAGACCGUAUACUUUCCGAUCGUCAGGUACUGCGUUAGUCAUAGCACAUCGGCUCUCCUUGCUCUCAAACUGCAUUGUUAGUCUUGUUAUAAUGAGCAUUAUGUUACGUGGAAAGUGGACAUUACAUUAUUGCGGAUUCUGGAAAACACGCAUGAUUCUUAUAAUAAAAUGUAUGUUCCGCUUCGGA